AUGGGAGCUCUAGCCAGUCGUAGAAAUGCAGGGAAUGAUGUGGUGGACUAUGGCAAUAAUAAUGCAUACAGAUAUCCUCCCAAAUCAGGCAGCUACUUCAGCAGUCAUUUUAUUAUGGGAGGAGAACGAUUUGAUAUGACACAACCAGAAGCUUAUUUGUUUGGUGAAAAUCAAGAUCUGAACUUUUUAGGAAACAAACCCAUUCCUUUUCCAUAUCCAUUACCUCAAGGAAAUGAACCUACAAAAACAUUAAAGAGUCUUGUUAAUAUUCGAAAAGAUACUUUGCGUUUUGUCCGCAUCAGUGACGCAGAAAAAGUUCCUCUUGAUAAUUCUGACACAGAACAGACUUUCAACCACCACCGUUACAAUAUAGAAUUCACUUUUGACUCUGAUGUAAAAUGUGCCAUUACCAUUUACUACUUUGCCAUGGAAGAAAUCAGCAAUGGCCAACUUGUAUACCAUCCCAGAGCUGCCUCCAUGAAUUCUGAAACUUACCACUAUAAACGUGGAGCCAAUCAGGUAUUCAGUCAGUCAACACAUGUAGUUGAUCCAAGCAAGUUCCCUGAAGAAGAUUGGCAGUAUAACCCAGACAAAGAAGUCAUUCCAGUUGUUAUCCAAUGUAUUGUAGAAGAGGAAGAGCAUGCAGGUCAUUCUCAUGUUACUUUUGCUGUUGUGGAAAAAAAUGCUGACAGUGGUUAUGUACUUAAACCUCUCAAACAAAAACAAUGUGUUGGUGGCUUGUGUUAUUUACUACAGGAAAUUUAUGGUAUUGAAAACAAAAACCUAGAAAGAUCAAAGCUGGAUGCUGAUGAUGAAAUUGAAGAUACUGGUUCUGAGUGUGUGAUUUGUAUGUCAGACAUGCGUGACACUUUAAUUCUUCCAUGCCGUCAUUUGUGCCUGUGCAAUAAUUGUGCAGAGUCAUUGCGCUACCAGGCCAGUAACUGUCCUAUCUGUCGUGCCCCAUUCAGGGCACUUUUGCAGAUUAGGGCCAUGCGAAGAAAACAGGUAUCUUCCAACCUAACUCAGGGUGGCGGUGAAGAAGAUAAUUUUGUUAGUCAAGAAGGAGUUCCUCCUGGGUAUGAAGCUGUUUCAUUGCUUGAAGCUCUCAAUGGUCCAUAUCAAAAUAAUUCUGUGCCAAGUCCAAUGCAAAUGUCACAUGAAGAUAUUACUCCAACAGAGAGAGAUGGCGAGCAUGAUGGCGACAGACUGAGCGGCAGAAAUAAGCACAACAAUAGAAGCAGAAUUCGUGAAAAGAAAAGAUCUUUAAAACGUCGACAAACCAAUGAAGUAACAGGUACUCGACAACAAGCACAGAAUCUAAAUGAUGACUUAGUAGAUAAAGAAAACAAGACAAAUGAAGCAAUCAUUGCUAAGAAUACUCAGCCAACAACACCAGAAGUUGUCAUGUCUGAACAGAUUGUUGGUAGUCAAGGAAACAAGGAAAAUGAAAAGAAUUCAGGCAGUGAUGUAGAGGCUGUGCCUCCACUGAGUGAGGAAAGUAAGCAUUCUGAUAAAAACAUGGUAUCAAGCAUCAACAGCAUCUCUUCUGAGGCUCUCAGUGAUAAAAUUGGCCGACAGACUCCAGCGGACAGAAAAGAUGUGGUUGCAGCUGACUGUGAGACACACUCCAUGGAACGAGGCGAGUACUUAAAGUUGUAUGAGCAAGCUGAGCAGGAAUGCGAGUCGGACUACUUACGCACUUGUUCACAGACUACUGCAUCUUCUGACAACUUUCUAGAAGAUUCCACGUCGUGCUCUGACCCUGAUGAAGCAGAACCUGAGCUAGACUAUGAUGUGGAAGCCAAUCCCCCCUCUCUCUCUCUCUAUGCGUGCGCGCUCUCUCUCAAUGCGCGCGCUUUACAUCUCUCUGACCCUCAUCAUCACAUGCACUCUUUCUCUCUGAACCUUGUUAUCACAUGCAAGCUUGCUCUCGCUCGAUCUCUUCCUCUAAUCCUCAUCAUAACCUGCAUUCUCUCUUUUUCUCUCUCUGUCUCUCAUCCUCAUCGGCAUUCUCUGUCUCUCAUCCUCAUCGGCAUUCUCUGUCUCUCAUCCUCAUCGGCAUUCUCUGUCUCUCAUCCUCAUCGGCAUUCUCUGUCUCUCAUCCUCAUCGGCAUUCUCUGUCUCUCAUCCUCAUCGGCAUUCUCUGUCUCUCAUCCUCAUCGGCAUUCUCUGUCUCUCAUCCUCAUCGGCAUUCUCUGUCUCUGUCUCUCUCUCUCUAAUCCUCACCUGCAUUCUCUCUCUCUCUAA